CGCCCUGACCACACCCUGACCACACCCUGGCCACGCCCACAGGUGGUGGUCCCCGUUCGCACUCUGGCCCUGGCCGGAGUCCACACCCUGGUGCUGACCAAUGCUGCGGGGUCCCUGCGGCCACACCUCGGCCCCGGGCACCUGCUGGUCAUCCGKGACCACAUCGACCUCCCCGGCCUGGCCGGACGCUCGCCCCUGGUGGGGCCCAAUGACGAGAGGUUCGGGCCGCGCUUCCCGGCCAUGACGGACGCCUACGACCCCGCGCUGCGGCGCCUGGCGCUGGCCCUGGCCCCGAAGGAGCUGCGGGCCCAGCCCGGGGUCUACGUGGGCGUGGGGGGCCCCAGCUACGAGACCCCCGCCGAGUGCCGGCUGCUGCGCUGCCUCGGGGCCGACGCCGUCGGUAUGAGCACGGUCUCAGAGGCGUCGGCCGCGCGUCACCUGGGGCUGCGCGUCCUGGGGCUGUCCCUCAUCACCAACUCGGCCCCCGGUGACGAUGACGGCGACGAUGUCACGGCGGGAGGGGCGGGAACAGGGCCACACCSGGCCACGCCCACGGGCCACGAGGAGGUGCUGCUGGCGGCCCAGGAAGGGGCACGGCACCUGCGGGCGCUGCUGGUGGCCCUGGCCCCCAAACUGGACGAACCCGGACGCAGCCGGACGCGCCCGGACGCGCCGUGACGUCACCGGCAUGACGUCACCGGGGUGACAUCGCGCCCCGGCCGCCCGCGGCGGUGACGGUUCCGUGUUGUCCUCAUGUGCUGGGGCAGUGCCUUGAUCCCAUGGAAAUCCCAUGGAAAUCCCGUGUCGUUCCCGUGUGUUUCUUCCGUGUCAUUCCUGUGUCAUCCCUCCCCAAAUCCUGUCUGGGAUUUGCCUUAAUCCCAUGGAAAUCCAUGGAAAUCCCAUGUAAUUUAUUCCGUGCUGUUCCCAUGUCAUUCCCUGCCUUUUUUUUUCCUCCUGUUUUUGCCUGAAUCCCAUUAAAACCCCAUGGAAAACCCAUGGGAGUCCCAUGUUUUAUCCAUGGAAAUUCCAUAGAAUUCCCAUGUUUUUCCUUUGUAUUUUUCCCACAUCAUUCCCAUGUAAUCCCUGCUUUAGAUUUUGCUUUGAUUCUGUGUAAUUAAUUCUAUAUAACUAUUAACUCCCAGGCAAUUAAUUAAUUCCUUGCAAUUCAUUCCAGCAUAAUUAAUUSGUGUCCAUCCUGUGUGCGUCAUUGUCCUCCCCCCCGCUUGAACUAACGCCCGUUAACAAGCGGUCAACUCUCAGGGCAAGGGAGGUGGUUAAUUAACCCCACUGAUUAAUUAUUCCAGGCUAAUAAAUCCCGUUGAUUAAUCAUUCCAGGUUUAUUAACCCCCCCUUCAUGAAUUAUUCCGGGUUAAUUAGCCCCACUGACCUAUCAUUCCAGGUUAAUUAGCCCCUAUUCCUUAAUUAUUCCAGAUCAGUUACCCCAUCCAGUUAAUUAGUCCACGUUCAUUAGUGCUAUUAUUUGCGGUCAAAUAACUGCUGCAAUUGAAUAUUUAAGGCCAUGUACCCUCCCAAAUAAAAAUUAACCUGUAAUAAUUAAUUAGCCCAGGCUGACUAAUGGUUCAAAGCUUAUCAGUGCCCCCAGCUAAUUAUUGAAGMUUCAUUAUUUCCUCUGAUUAAUUAAAUCAGGGCUAAUCGUUGCCAUUAAUUAGUUAACCAGCACUAAUGACACCUGCAAUUAAUUACCAAAGCCUAACUAAUUAUCCAGAUUAAUUAUCCUGAUUAAGACUGCUGCAUUCAGGGGCUUGAUUGACCCCAGGGGCUUAAUUAAUCAAUGACAGGAGGCUAAUUAACCAAAUCUCUGACUACUCAGUUCAGCUUUGGCCUGUUAAUUAAUUAAUUAAUUAAUUCUUUAACUAAGUGACCAUUCCAGCUCGUUUACAUUCCAGGCGGCCCCUCCCCCCAUCAGGAUGGUUAAUAAAUGCGUUAAUUAGUUYAUUAAUGAAGGGAGGGGACUUGGCCUUAAUUAAAGGUUAAUUGGGGAAGUUGGGGAAAAGUUGAUUAAAAGUUUGUCAAAGUGAAAUGAAUUUGAAUAAAAGUUGGGUAAAAGGUGA